GCGGCCGCAAGAUGUAAAAACUGUAAGUGGUCAGGCGAAAGCGCUCAGUUCUUCCUGGGAUCUCGCUGCGUGCGCUCGCCUAUACGGAUGCGGAAUCCGUCCGUGGGACUAAUUAAUCGGUUCGACACUUACCGAGGAUCACUACUGGUCCCCGAAAACCAACAGUACACCCAUUGCCGCCGCACUGAACGAACUCUUGGCGGGUGAUAGAAUUCGUGGAACUUGUUCUCUGUGUGUGUUAUAUUCAAUAUCGAUUCCUCAUCGGCAACUGAAUCAUCCGUCUAUAUACGAGAUACACCGACGAGGGUGGAUCGCUUGCCCGAAACUAUUCGAACUGCGUGGGGCAUUUCACCACCUCCCCAUAACCAUGACGAAGGACCAGCAGGCCACGCCGAUUCCCGAGGAGCUGUACAAUCUUACCCAGCUGGCAGAGGUCACUCUGGCGGCGGGUCCCAUAAUCACAGCCGAGGCAAAGCCACCGCCGAUCGGUGGUGCUAGUCUGUAUGCCUCCUCGGACGACGACUCCAACUACUACAGCCACAAGGUGUUCGAUCGCAGGAAACUUCGCCGCUGUACCAUCUCCGACUCGAACUCCUGCACCAGCAGCAGUUCCAGCUCCACAUCCAGCCUGCAAUCCGCGGAGGACCACCUGGGACACAAGGAGCAUUCAUCAGAGCAGCAGCAUGCGGAGCAGGGAGAUUUCCUCCACACCAGCUUGCUGCUGGAGGACGAGCACAUCUGCCCCGAGUGCGGCAAGAAGUAUUCCACAUCCUCCAAUCUAGCCCGUCAUAGACAAACACACAGGUCAAUCAUGGACAAGAAGGCGCGCCACUGUCCUUAUUGCGAGAAGGUGUACGUUUCGAUGCCCGCGUACUCGAUGCAUGUGCGCACCCACAACCAGGGCUGCAAGUGCAAGUUCUGUGGAAAGUGCUUCUCGAGACCGUGGCUCCUCCAGGGCCACAUCCGGACCCAUACCGGAGAAAAGCCCUUCAAGUGCGGCGUCUGCGAGAAGGCCUUCGCCGACAAGAGCAACCUGCGUGCCCACAUCCAGACCCACUCGAACACCAAGCCACACACCUGUGCCCGUUGUGGCAAGGCCUUUGCCCUUAAGUCAUACCUGUACAAGCACGAAGAGUCCUCCUGCAUGAAAAACCGCGGUGGGGUCUCGGGAUCGGUUAGUUCCACAUCCAGUAACCGACCUCCCACAUCACCCAAGAUGCAGCACACCGAGGUGGGAGGCGGCUCCAGCUCGGCAUUGACUCCUGGAUCACCUGCCACAGUGGGUAUUCCUCCAGACUCUGCCAAGUCCACGCUGGCCAACAAACUGCUGCAGAAGGAAAAGGAGCGCAGGCAGGCGGCCCUGGCCUUUCAGGGAUAUCCAGCUGGGCCGGAAGUCACUCCUUACAAUCACUCCGCUUCCGCCCUGGAGGAGUACGAGAAGUUCAAGCGGAUCAACGUGAUCCAGCCGACGGUGCUGCCCCACAGGAUGCCCAGCCUGUAUCAGGAGCUGCAUUCUCCACUGGCCUUGCCGUUGGCAUUGCCCUAUCACUAUCAGGCCCAGACCACGCCUGCACAAGGAGUAGGAGUCAGCAGCGCCACCACGCAGGAACAGCCUGUUGACUUCUCGCCCAAGAACAACUUUACACACUCGGCCAAGACGAGUCCCUUCGAGCUGACUAGGAACUACGCCAUGGUGGCAUAGACACAGUCAAAGCCUAGCCAGGACACCAAGCAAAAGACACCGAAGAGAGCAAGAGCACUACCCAAGCGAUUCGAGGAGACCUUUUCUAGACCUAGACCACUAAUCCAGAGUUUAAUCCAAAGCCAAAUCCAACCAAAGCCCACCCUGAACCAGGACAUUUUCUUACUGUAGUCAACGAAUAUGUGAUAAAAAUGCAAAAGAGCUAAAAUACCAUUAGAGAGUAGAUGAUUCCAGAGCGACGAAAGCACGCAAAGCUUAUCGAGAAGGAGAGUUCUCUCUUCUGAAGAAACUCCAAGGAAGAGGAGGUUAUACACAGUAGAUAUAGAGAGAGACAAGGUUGGAUCGACCCCGAUUGAUCGUUUGAUCUUCACUUAGAUUCUUAGAUGUAACAAGAGACUUCUUAGAGACUUGCCAAGACGAACAGCGACAAAAACCAAUGUAACCAGUAUUUUUUUAUAGCACAUACGAUAUCGGUCAAAGAGCGAGAGAUAUAGCGCACACAACCCCGAUCGAACACCGCAGCAAAGCUACAAACUUACACAUAGUCAUAUAGAGUUAUGAUUUUAUAAAGAACUAAAAGAUAUAUCUGUACACGCCCCCUACUAACCCCAUUAAUCACUUCGCAUUAAGGCAUCGGCACCGGCUUUCUGCCUCUGGGCUGAGAGUCGGUCCAACACGAGAGAAUUUCUAGUCUUUAUCUUUAAAUUCAGCGCACAUUUGGCGGAAGGAAGAAGGGAUCCCGAUCCCUGAUCCUCGAUCCCCUCACUUCUGUGCCUGGCGUUACUUUAAGCACUUUACGGCCGCAUGUGGUGCAAUAAUUGACAUAUCUCUAACUCUAAUUAGCGCCUACCACAUAUCAUUUAGUACCCUGUAUAUUUUCAUUUUAAGUUGAUGGGUGAUCACUCAUUAUAUCUUAGCAUCUAACACCUAGUUAUCGAGAGACAGGCACCCACUGCAUUUCGUUUACUCACUCGAUUAACUCCGAAUCAACCUACAGCUAAUCGCACCAAAGAUACUUCGACUUAGAUGCAGACGCAUACUACCUUUAUAUACUCUUACUUACCAUAUACACCAAAAGAUAUAUAUAUAUAUAUAUAUAUACACGUAUACGUAGCUCUAAACUGUAUUAUAGAUUUGCACACUAAAGGAAUUAAACGAGAUCGCCUGAUCGCCGUGAAAUCAAA